AUGGCGACUGGGAAUAUGGGUUUGCCGCCAAAUUUAACACAGGCAACUGUCCAAGAAACCAUCAAGAAGUUCAAGCAGAUGCAAGAACAAGGCGUGCGCCCUGACGAUCCUGAAUACCUGAAGGCUCAUAACUUCCUCUCUGCCGUUCAACGACAACAGGUAUUCCACAGACAACGGUACGCGCAACAACAGCAACAGCUCCAAGUGCAACAACGUCAGCAGCAGCUGAAUGGUGCGACUCCCGAUGCAGUUGCGAAUGGCCACGGUCGAAAUGGCUCCGUUUCCUCUACCGGUGCAUCUCAGGAUGCUUCAACACCAACAGGCGCACAGUCGCAGCCUUCUGGGCAGGCCUCAUCUGCCCAGAAUACGCCUGUCACCAGCGGCAGCUUCUCCGCGGAACAGUUAGCAACCCUCAGAAACCAGAUCUUGGCGUUCAAGAUGCUGUCAAAGAACCUCGCGAUCCCUCCCCGUGUUCAACAGCAAUUAUUCGCGUCGAAGAAACCGCAAACACCUGCACCCGCCGAUAAUGUCUCGGCCGCCGAGUCCGUUCUUGACGGUGUAGCGCAAGGCAAAACAAGUCAACCCGCUGAAAGUGUGGAACCUGCACCACCGGCAAGGGAGUACUACGACAGCUUCCAAUCGCCAUACGAUUCGCUAGUGAAGUCUAUCACCUAUGGAGACCAUGCUUCUCGCGCAAACCGUGCGCGCGUUCCGGCUUUGUUGCCUGCCGGUCUGGAUCUAGAGCAAGUGCGCGAGGACAGGGAAACGGUGCUGUACAACAAGAUCAAUGCGCGGAAAGCAGAACUGGCAGAACUUCCUGCCAAUCUCGGUGUCUGGGAUACGAGUCGUAGCGACGCGCCGACAGGUGACGAUUCGCUGAAGCUGAAGGCAUUGAUUGAGUACAAGAUGCUCAACCUAUUGCCCAAGCAAAGGCUCUUCCGCAAACAAAUCCAAAACGAAAUGUUCCAUUACGACAACUUGGGCAUGACCGCCAAUCGCUCCAGCCACCGCCGUAUGAAGAAACAGUCUCUGCGCGAAGCUAGGAUCACCGAGAAAUUGGAGAAGCAGCAGCGCGAUGCUCGUGAAACCAGAGAGAAGAAGAAGCAGUACGACCACCUGCAGGCUAUCCUCAACCAUGGCAUCGAACUUCAAAAUGCUGCUCAACAGCAACGCAAUCGCAUGCACAAAUUGGGUCGCAUGAUGCUGCAACACCACCAACACAUGGAGCGCGAGGAGCAGAAGCGUGUGGAGCGGACUGCCAAGCAGCGUCUGCAGGCUUUGAAGGCUAACGAUGAAGAGACUUACUUGAAACUCUUGGGACAGGCCAAGGAUUCGCGUAUCUCGCAUCUGCUCAGGCAGACGGACAACUUCCUUAAGCAGCUCGCCGACUCGGUCCGUGAACAACAGCGUAGCCAAGCCGAACGGUAUGGCGAGGAUGAGCAGCAAUUUUACGAAGAGGAAGAGGAAGAGAUUAUUACCGGCGAGGAUGACGACGAAGGUGGCGACAAGAAGAAGAUUGACUACUACGCUGUGGCACACCGUAUCCGCGAAGAGGUCAAUGAUCAGCCUAAGAUUCUCAUCGGUGGCACCCUGAAGGAGUACCAGAUGCGUGGUUUGCAGUGGAUGAUUUCGCUUUACAACAACAACCUGAACGGUAUCUUGGCCGACGAAAUGGGUCUCGGAAAGACCAUUCAAACCAUUAGUUUGAUCACCUAUGUCAUUGAGAAGAAGCGUAACAACGGUCCCUUCUUGGUCAUUGUCCCGCUCAGUACUCUGACAAAUUGGAAUAUGGAAUUCGAAAAGUGGGCACCUACUGUUUCUAGGGUCGUGUAUAAGGGACCUCCGAAUGCACGAAAACAGCAACAGCAGCAGAUUCGCUAUGGCAACUUCCAAGUUCUGCUGACCACCUACGAGUACAUUAUCAAGGACCGGCCAGUCCUGAGCAAGAUCAAGUGGACUCACAUGAUUGUCGACGAAGGUCACCGUAUGAAGAACACACAGUCGAAAUUGAGCAGUACUCUUUCGACAUACUACAGCUGUCGAUACCGUCUAAUUUUGACCGGUACUCCAUUGCAGAACAAUCUCCCCGAACUUUGGGCUCUGCUGAACUUCGUCUUGCCCAACAUUUUCAAGUCGGUCAAGUCGUUUGAUGAGUGGUUCAACACACCGUUUGCCAACACCGGAAGUCAAGAUCGCAUGGAGUUGAGUGAAGAAGAGCAGCUGCUUGUUAUCCGUCGUCUCCACAAGGUUCUGCGGCCGUUCCUGCUCAGACGUCUCAAGAAGGAUGUCGAGAAGGACUUGCCUGAGAAGCAGGAGCGUGUCAUCAAGUGUCGUUUCUCUGCCUUGCAAGCUAAGCUGUACAGACAACUUGUUACUCACAACAAGAUGGUCGUUAGUGAUGGAAAGGGUGGAAAGACUGGCAUGCGUGGUCUCAGCAACAUGCUGAUGCAGUUGCGGAAGCUCUGCAACCACCCUUUCGUUUUCGAGCCUGUGGAGGAUCAAAUGAAUCCCGCGAGAACCUCCAACGACCUUCUUUGGCGAACCGCAGGUAAAUUCGAACUUCUGGACAGGAUCCUUCCAAAAUUCCGGGCAACUGGCCAUCGUGUCUUGAUGUUCUUCCAGAUGACACAGAUCAUGAACAUUAUGGAGGAUUUCCUGCGGCUUCGGGGGUUGAAGUACCUUCGUCUCGAUGGUGCCACCAAGUCGGACGACCGUUCAGACCUCUUGAAGCUGUUCAAUGACCCCAAUUCGGAGUACUUCUGCUUCCUGCUUUCGACGCGUGCUGGUGGUCUGGGUCUCAACCUUCAGGCCGCUGAUACGGUUGUCAUUUUCGAUUCGGACUGGAACCCUCACCAGGAUUUGCAGGCUCAGGAUCGUGCGCAUCGUAUCGGUCAAAAGAACGAGGUCCGUAUCCUGCGGUUGAUCAGCUCCAACUCUGUUGAAGAAAAGAUCCUGGAACGUGCGCAGUUCAAGCUCGACAUGGACGGCAAGGUCAUCCAGGCCGGUAAAUUCGAUAAUAAGUCCACCAACGAGGAACGUGAUGCUCUCCUGCGGACCCUGCUGGAGACUGCCGAAGCUGCGGAUCAAAUCGGCGACCACGAUGAAAUGGAUGACGAUGACUUGAACGACAUCAUGGCCCGUUCCGCUGAUGAGCUGGUCACUUUCCAUGCUAUUGACAAAGACCGGGCGGAUAACGACGUCUAUGGUCCCGGUAAGAUACCUCGUUUGAUGGCCGAGGAUGAACUGCCCGAACUCUACAUGGCCGAAGACAACCCCGUCACGGAAGAGGUUGAAGCUGAAGUGGCUGGUCGUGGCGCUCGUGAGCGCAAGUCUACCCGGUACGACGAUGGUCUUACCGAAGAGCAAUGGCUCAUGGCUGUGGAUGCCGAUGACGACAGCAUUGAAGAUGCCAUUGCUCGUAAGGAGGCAAGAGUUGAGCGUCGCCGGUCGAACAAGGAUAAGCGGACGCGUAAGGGACAGCCCGUCGAGUCAUCCCCAGAGCCAUCUCGGGAUGGCUCCGAAACCCCUCAACCGAAGAAGCGUGGCCGCAGAGGACCAGCGCCCAAGCGCAAGGCGGAAGAACAAAUAGAGGAAACACCACAACCUAAGCGCAAGAGGGGUCGGCAGGCGAAGCCUGUGGAGACGUUGAGCAGCACGGAUCGAGCCGCGUUGCAGGAUAUCACCAACAACGUCUACCAGUCUCUGAUGGAGAUGGAGCAGGAGUUACCGGCCGAAGAGUCUGACAGCGAAGAUGGUCCUGUUACUCGCGCUGUUAUCGAUCCAUUCAUGAAGCCACCUCCGAAGUCGCAAUAUCCUGACUACUACAUGAUCAUCCAGAACCCGAUUGCUAUGGAGAUGAUUCGAAAGAAGAUCAACCGCGAGGAGUACCAGAGCGCCAAGGCUUUCUAUGACGACAUCCAGUUGAUGUGCCAGAAUGCUCGGACCUACAACGAGGACGGCAGUCUCUUGUUCCAAGAUGCAAAUGACAUUGAGACCAAAUGUGCUUCUGAACUGAAGAAGCAGACCGAGAAUUACCCUCAAUUCGCCAACUUUGACGGCCCGGGAGCCAUUGAGGGCGCCGGCAAUCUUCCAGAUGGGCCAUUCGCCGCUGCUACUCCUGGGCAACCGAAGUUGAAGCUUACCUUCAACAAUAUUGGUGCCAACGGGGCCGCCGAAUUUGGCGAAGAGUAA